CCAUGCCUAUUCAAUAUACUUCCUGUUAGCUAUCCCUAGUGUGUGGUGUUGUUGCAUUUGAUAAUUUAAUCCGUGUUUUUAGCUGUUAUCCUAGCUAUACCUCGUUUCUACAUGAUUAGGUUGCUGUGUACUACUAUUUUGUGCGUAAUUCACGUCUUUACAUUGAUCAGCAAUGCAAAAGGACAAGAGUUUACAGAGCUGGAGAUGGCACACUACAGAGAGAAAAUCAAGACCAUGUUUUACCAUGCAUACAACAGCUACUUGGAUCAUGCUUAUCCAUAUGACGAACUGCGGCCCCUGACCUGUGAUGGCCAGGAUACAUGGGGCAGUGUUUCACUGACUUUGAUAGAUGCCCUGGAUACAUUGCUGAUUCUGGGAAACCACACUGAGUUUCAGCGUGUGGCAACUCUGCUUCAGGACACUGUGGACUUUGACAUUGACGUCAAUGCAUCCGUUUUUGAGACAAACAUUCGAGUGGUGGGUGGUCUUCUCUCAGCCCACCUGCUGUCUAAGCGUGCUGGGAUGGAGGUGGAGGCUGGCUGGCCCUGUUCUGGACCCCUCCUCAGGAUGGCUGAGGACGCAGCACGAAAACUCCUCCCUGCGUUCCAGACCCCCACAGGGAUGCCCUAUGGCACAGUGAACCUGCUGAGAGGGGUGAACCCUACAGAGACCCCUGUCACCUGUACAGCUGGGGUGGGCACCUUCAUCCUGGAGUUCUCAUCCCUUAGCCGGCUCACUGGGGACCCCAUAUUUGAGGACGUGGCGCGCAAGGCCCUCCGGUCACUGUGGAAGACUCGCUCUGAGAUAGGACUGGUGGGGAACCACAUUGAUGUCCUCUCCAAGAAAUGGGUGGCCCAGGACGCAGGUAUAGGGGCCGGUGUGGACUCCUACUUCGAGUACCUGGUGAAAGGCUCUAUCAUGCUACAAGAUGAGGAACUGCUAUCAAUGUUCUUAGAGUAUGACAAGGCAAUUAAAAACUACACCAAAUUUGAUGACUGGUACCUGUGGGUCCAGAUGCACAAGGGAACAGUCUCUAUGCCUGUUUUCCAAUCACUGGAGGCCUUCUGGCCUGGGCUACAGAGUUUGAUCGGUGAGCUGGACAGUGCAUUGAGGACUUUCCAUAACUACUACACGGUGUGGAGGCAAUUUGGGGGACUGCCGGAAUUCUACAGUAUUCCACAGGGAUACACUGUAGACAAGAGAGAAGGAUACCCUUUACGGCCAGAGCUGAUAGAGAGUGCCAUGUACUUGUACAAAGCCACUGGUGACCACACAUUUCUGCAGCUCGGUCGAGAUGCUGUGGAGUCCAUUGAGAAGAUCACUCGUGUCCCCUGUGGCUAUGCCAGUGUGAAAGACAUCAGAGACCACAAGCUGGACAACCGCAUGGAGUCCUUCUUCCUGGCAGAAACCAUCAAGUACCUCUACCUCCUGUUUGACCCAGACAACUUCCUUCACAACAGUGGACUGGACUUUGAGCUGGGCACUGGCCCCAGUGAGGACUGCGUUUUGGGGGCAGGGGGUUACAUCUUUAACACAGAGGCCCACCCCCUGGACCCUGCUGCCCUUCACUGCUGCAGCCGCAAGCAGGAGGAACGCAGAGAGCUGCAGGACAUCCUCCUCAACCUAUCUGAGCCCCUCGCCAGUCCACAGGAGACCCAAUCACAGGAGACAGACAGUGAGACAGAGCCACCUGUCAUGGAUCCUUCAGAGAGUAUAGCACUGAAGCCUGGGACCAGCAGAAAAGCCCCUCUCCUCUCCUGCCCCAUGCAACCCUUCAGCGCACGGCUAGCUGUCAUGGGUCAAGUCUUCACAGACAGAACAUGACAAGGACUUACAGAUGUUUUCACUUUUUGAAGAUUUAACUUAAAGAUGGAAUCUGCAAUGGGGGGAAACAGCGCCACUGUCUGCCCCACGUCCGUUGUUUUUGUUUUGUCGACAAAGCAGAAGUGGGGAACGUUGCGCAUCAAGGUAAAAAAAGAAUUGCAGUACAUAUGCUGCUGUUCUAUCGUGGGGCAAUGAUGUCAGAGAAAAAAAAAAAAAUGUUGUUUGCAGUAACUUCUUUGUUGUAAUAUCGCAAGCGGACGUGGCAGUUUCACCAUUAAAGGGAUACUUAGGGAACCAAGUGCAAUGUUGGUCAUUCUUAAUCGGGACCAAUUUGAUUUAAACUGAUAUUUUACGGAUGAUAGUAACAGGAUAUACAGAAAGUUUGAGCUACUAUUUUUAUUUGACUAAUUUGCUAGCAGAUACCCUUAGACUUCCAGUCCUUGCACUAACGCUAGUUAGCACGGGCUCACGAAACUACCUCAAACUUACUUCAUUCUGGACACAGAGACAUAAAUGUUAUCCACGAGUUCAUCGGACUCUGGGGAAGUAGAUCAAUGGCCUUAUUGCCAAAAUCCUUUAGUAUCCCUUUAAGGAUUCCAGCUUUUGACAUUUUCAUAUGAACUCAAAAGUGAUGGAACCAAUGAUGUAUAUACACUGGAUUGCUGAUGCUAUGUAUUGAUGUAUUGGCCAUUGAAAGGCUUUCAAGCCACCGUUCGGCAAGUAAGAGUAGUCCUCCACAUAGGAAUGAAUGGAAUUCUACAGUAUUUCAAUUAAAUGUUUCAAGGACAAAAUUACAUGUAUUUAAGUAUAU